GGGAAGAAGUAACCGAAGUGAAGUGAGCUGCUAAUGAAUUUGAAUUCCGGAGCUACGAUCUCGAUAGUAGGAGAACACGAUUGGAGAUGGUGGCGUAAAUUAAAAUCCUGAGUGCGCAAGAUCAAGCAAUGUUAAAAAUGAGCAAGCAAUUAAAAAGGUAUCUUCUCUGGUUUGCUCACGAACAUGUUGACUUUCGAGUGGCAGAAAUGGAAUCUAUAUUUGAUAUGUUCAACAUUAACCUAACCACAGUAGUCAAGCCAAAGGAACAUCCUUAUUGGAUUGUAGAUUUGCCUGACGAAAAUGUAGUGCAUCAAAUUGCCAGUAGAGCAGUGUCAUUACGCUUCUGUUUGGAGCUAUGGGCACAGGGCAAAGAAAAUAAGGACUUACACCAAUCAUUGAAGGCCUAUGUAACUGAAAAUUCUGAUACCGUUGCUGGAGAUAAGAGACCAUUUAAAAUUGUAGUGGAGACUUUCUGCAAACAUUUUUCGCAACGUGAAAAAGUAGAUAAAAUUGAGUCUUUCAGUUAUCUGCCUCUUGAAGGACCAGUCAAAUUGAAGAAUCCAGAUAUCACUUUGUACUAUAUAGAAUAUUAUGGACUUAAUCCCAACGACAUCCCCGAGGAACCCUACGAACACUUCUUUGGCAAAUGGAUUGCCGACGGUCAGCGAGAGUUAAUUCAAAGGUUGUCACUAAAAACUAGGAAAUUUAUAGGCAAUACGUCAAUGGACCCGCAGUUGUCGCUGAUAAUGGCAAAUCAAGCGCAAGUUAGAAACGGAGACCUAGUUUAUGAUCCUUUCGUGGGGACCGGCUCCUUGCUGAUCGCCGCAUCUCACUUUGGGGGAUACACGUUCGGGACCGACAUCGAUUAUUUGAUGUUACACGGUCGUACGAGACCCACGCGAAUAUCGCAAAAGAUGCGAGAGAAAGAUGAAAGUAUCGCAGCGAACAUGCAUCAAUACGGAAUGAGUUCCUAUUACAUUGAUGUCGUGGUGGCAGAUUUUUCAUAUCCACUGUGGCGACCGAAUUUACGAAUAGAUGCUAUUAUAACGGAUCCACCUUAUGGUAUAAGGGAAGCUACAGAGCGUAUAGGUACCAUGAAGAUCAAUCCAGUGAUAGAGGAGCAUCAGGCAACCUCUCACAUUCCUUCUAAAAUUGACUACGGCCUGAACCAGAUAUUCAAAGAUCUGUUGUGCUUCUCUGUGAGACAUCUGAGACUUGACGGCAGGCUAGUGUGUUGGUAUCCGCUAUUCAGAGAUCAAUACUCAGAAGAUCAGUUACCAGUGCAUCCUUGCUUAGAGCUGAUCGCCAAUUCCGAACAAAUAUUGAGCAAUUAUACUAGCCGAAGAUUAUUAACUUAUAAGAAAAUUAAAGAACCAGAGAUAAGUGACGAGAAUAUCACCAUGAAUUUAACCGACUUUCGUGAGAAGUAUUUCGCUCUACGUGAAGAAACCAGGAAGGAAAAGAGAAUGAGGAAAGCCGCAGAAAGAGCGAGAAAACGAGAGGAAUGGGAACGUAGCAACAAAGAAACCACCGAAAGAUGACUGUAGAGUUGUUUUAUUACAAAAAUCGACAUUACUUGUUUUAAUUCAAUCUGAUCAGUAACUUUAAUUAUUUAUCAGAGUAUGAGUUGAAGCUUUUGAACAGUAUGUAAUAAAAAAAGAGUUUAAAUUGCUACAAAAAUGUAAUAUUGCAGCUUAAAAGCUGCUGCAACAAUCUUGAAAUAAAUAUUUUUUGCACACUU